AUGGCUCGAAUGAACUGCCCAGCUCCUUUGGAAGUCAUAUAUAAGAACACAAGAUUUUUUAUUACACACAAUCCAACCAAUGUGACCCUAAACAAAUUUAUAGAGGAACUUAAGAAAUAUGGCAUUUCUACAAUAGUUAGAGUAUGUGAAGCAACUUCUGACACUACUUUUGUGGAGAAAGAAGGCAUCCAUGUUCUUCAUUGGCCUUUUGAUGACGGUGUACCACCAUCCAACCAGAGUGUUAAUAACUGGUUAGAUCUUGUAAAAAUUAAGUUUUGUAAACAACCUGGUUGUUGUAUUGCUGUUCAGUGUGUUGCAUGCUUUGAGAGUCCUCCACAUAGAGCUUUUAACAGCAAGGAACUUUUGUAUUUGGGGAAGUAUCAUCCUAAAAUGCAGCUGCACUUCAAAGACUCCGAUGGUCAUAGAAACAACUGUUGCAUUCAAUAA